GACCAGCUGACGGUCUGGCUAAACAAGCGCUGAGCUCAUCCGGGCAGGCGCAGCACCGUCACGGCCCGUCGCCAGACUCUCCUCCGGAGGCUUCUGGGCAGGGCAGCCUCUCCCUCGCGGCGAAUCCUCCCCUUUCUUUGGAAACCGCAACUGAGUGGCGUCGGCGUCUUGCUUCCCCCGAGCAAACCUGCCUUCCCUCCGCCUCUUUGCGAGCCCAGGCGGUGCUCCGGCGAAAAAGGCCAAGAGGCGCCGCCUCUGCUCCGCAGGGAGCGCCCAUUCGGACGCAGCUGGCCGCGAGAGGACGCGCCGCCUGGCUCGGCUCGCUGCUUCUCUCUGCCCGGUGGACUAGGCGGGUGCAUCAGGCAAGUCUCCAGCUUUCGGCCUAGCUGCUGUCGCUUCGCCGGUCCCCUCCCCGCAGUCAUGAGGAAGCUGUGCCUUGGCACCGUCGGGGUGCUGGCGAUGACUCUGCUCAUUGCCAGCAUCGCCCUCCUGGUGGCCCGCGUCCUGCAGAAAGCCGUGGAUCUUCAGGUCAAAGAGGAGACUGUGUUAAGAAACGGCACAGACAUUUUCAAAGUAUGGGAGGAACCUCCGCCACCCAUCUAUAUUCAGUUCUAUUUUUUUAACUUGACCAACCCUUUAGAAGUGCUUGAAGGUGAGACACCUAUAAUGAAGCAAGCUGGACCAUACACUUACAGGGAGCACAAGCCCCGAGUGAAUAUUCAUAUUUUGGAGAAUGGCACAAAAGUAUCUUCUGUCAACCCCAAAACGUAUUUCUUCGAACCAGAAAUGUCAGUGGGAGACCCAAAGGUGGACCUGAUCAGGAGUGUAAAUGUGCCUGCACUGGUUGGAAUGGACAUGGCUACAGAAACUUCCUUCCAUCUGCCUGUAGAGUUUCUGCUCUUGUUGUACCAGGAAAACAUGUUCACGAUGCACACAGUUCAUGAAUUGUUGUGGGGUUAUCAGGACAAAUUUCUGAGUACCCUACACAAAAUCCGUCCAAAUAUCGAUGAAGACUUUGGCUAUUUCAAAAAGAUGAAUGGGACAGAUGAUGGCGAGUAUGUCGUUCUGAGUGGAGAAAAGAACUAUCUUGACUUCACAAGGAUUGUUGAGUGGAAUGGAAAACACUCACUAGACUGGUGGUCAAGUCCAACUAGCAAUAUGAUAAAUGGAACUGACGGUGACACUUUUCACCCAUUGCUAAGCACAGAUGAAACCAUCUAUGUCUUUGUCUCUGACUUCUGCAGAUCUGUGUAUCUAAACUUCGAUAGCUAUGUGUCUGUAGAUGGGAUCCCAGCCUAUCGGUUUAGGCCUCCUUUGAAGCUCUUUGGCAACCUCUCUAUUAAUCCAGACAAUGCUGGCUUUUGUGUACCAGCGGGAAACUGCCUAGGAACAGGGCUCCUGAAUGUCAGUGCCUGCAGACAAGGUGCACCGAUAAUUUUAUCACCUCCACACUUCUACCAGUCAGAUGAGGUAUUUGUCAAGGACAUAGAUGGCCUGCAUCCAAAUGAGGAGGAACAUGGGACAUUUCUGGACAUUAACCCAUUGACAGGUUUGCUGGUGAGAGCAGCCAGGCGAACACAGAUCAACGUUUAUGUUAAAAAACUACCAGAUUUUGUACAAACAGGCAAUAUCAGAACACUUGUUUUGCCUGUGCUAUACCUAAAUGAGAGUGUCGUGCUGGACAAAGCAUCUGCAGAUAAACUGAAGACAGCUCUUCUGCAGUCCUCUGUGAUCACCAGCAUUCCAUAUAUAAUCAUGGCAAUAGGGAUUAUUUUUGGAAUUGUGUUCGUUGUCCUUGCCUGCAGGCCCGUACGGGAGACAGAAGAGGGCAGAGAAGUUUUAAUAGAUCCAGAGUAAGUGCGUCUCUGCUGCUUGCUUAAGACACAUGAGUUCCGAAGAUGAGAGAGCUCCACUCAUCAGAACAUCUUGACUUCAUUUCCCACUACCACCUUUCAGAAACAAGCUUAGUGAUUGAACUAUGCAAACUGCUCUUAACUCCAACCACUACACAACAUUCUUGAUUGUCGGAAACAAAAAACCCCACACUAAUCUCUAUUAAUUCUCUGCUUUAAAAAAAUAUACUGGGAAUUCAGGUAUGGGAUCAUAAAACUGGACUGUUGUAUUAAAUGUGGAAGCUGGAUUGUUUAAAGACAGGUUUUUAACUGACUUGCCAUUGCGUUCAAGAGUGCAGAAAACUGUGAUUUUUAAUAUACUUCUGGGACAGUGAUAAUUUACAUUGGGGUUGUUUCAUGGAAGUGGAUUGGUCCCCUUUGUGUUUACUUGUGUGGCAGGCCAUGGAAGCUUAUUUUGACUACACUUCCCUCUUUUGUAUCUGAUACAGCUUUGUCUUUCUGUCACCCGACUUCUUAUAGACACCGUGUUCUACUGUACGGUUAUGAAUUCUAUUCCCUGGUGUGUACAUUUUUUACAUUUGAAAGCAGAGUUUCAGGUUUUUCUCUAGGUACUAUAUGCCUGGAGCUUCUGCUAAAUGUUUACUAGAUCCAUAUUACAGGAUGUAAGGAAUGGUUGGAAAUGUUUGUUAGUUCAUCAUGACCUGGACCCUAUGGGACAGUUAGAGAUCUCUGUGUUUUUGAGAUGCGUGCAGCUUGUGUCAUUGGCAGCAGGGGUAUAGCUCUGGAAUAACUUGACAUGAAGGGUAUUCACACAACAGGGAGGGUGAGAGGAAGGCGGUACUAAACCUCCCCCCCCAAGAUGCCUCAAUGUUGGUGGGAAGCGUGGACUGCGCUCCCCACAUGAUCUACUGAUCUCUGGAGGCCAGGAUGAUGCAUCCUGGCCUCCACAUAUCCCACAGUGCAUUGGAGGAUACCCUUGCGAGAUGGACACUCUUGGCACCCAUCUCUGUGUGCAUUCAGACUGCAAGCAGCCAAAGCACACACACAAUCCUGGUGCUUGGGUUAAGGGCGCACUCACACCCUUAAUCUUGGCUAAAGGCCAGGCUUUAAAGUAGGGUUAGGUGGGCGGGCAGUGCCAGGAGCCCAGCUCCACGCAUACAAGCAGCCUGACCCAGGCUCAGCUGUCCUAGUCUGGGUUAGGCUCCCUGUGAAAGCAGCCUUAUGUUGAUGUGUAAUUCUUUGUAUCCACUAGAUGAGGGUUUCCCAAUCUAGGGUCCCCAGAUGUUGUUGGAGUACUCAAAUCAUCCCCAGUUGCAAUGAUCUUCAGCCAUUGUGGCUGGGGAUGAUGGGAAUUGUAGUGAAAUAACAUCUGGGGACCCAAAGUUGGGAAAACCUGCACUAGAUUUAUUUUGAAAAGAUUCCUACAUUAUCUUUGAAUACACAUGAAAAAGUUCUGGGCUAGGGCCAUCAAUGCACCUUAAUCACAGAUAUCUGGUCACAUAGGCUAGAAGUGAAAAACAGGGAAAGGGUUCAAUUCAGGAUCUGUCUUUUGAGAUGAGUAAUUUAGAUUGCCUUUUCUUGGGAAUGCGCAUUAAAAACCAGUCCAUGGUCAGAAAUCAUUACUGCAUUUCUGGUCCUCCACUGUUUGAUAAGGAAUACUAAGGGAAUACAUUUGAAUGGGUACAUCUAUCAAGAGCACUGAUGCUCCCUUCUCCUUGCAAGGACCAACUUACAAAACAUUAUUUGAGAAGCAUCUCUGACCAGCCUCCUCCUCCUCCUUGUUUUGGUUAUGAUUUUUGAAUUAGUCUGUCCCUAAGCCUGGGCUUGGCUGCUCAUGAGAACAGCCUCAUUGUUUGUUGAUCCAGAAGCCAUAACUAAAACAUCAAUACAAAAUAAAUCUCAGUCAGGGACUUUAGCAGUGCCUUCUAGUGAGCCCCCUCCCGCCACUCAACCAAGGAACCACUCAUGAGCCUGUGCGAAUGACAGACAUACACAUUCGUACUGCUUGGUUCUUAUCAUUGUUCCAGUUGGAGAUAGAUCAGAGAAGAGGACUGUGUUGCCUUUAAGGCACCCGAGGCAGAAGACUGUAGGGAAAGAUGGUUGUCCCAAAGGUGUGCAAUGACUUACCUUGGCACAGGUGUCCAUAUUGGGGAAGAAGGGAAGAGCUGAACCACAACCCACUUGAACUGGAAGGAAUGAGCUGGCAUCUAACUAAUCCCAGGUCAGACUGAUUGGGCUAGAAGAGGCCAGAGAACAGUAUACCUCCAUUAGUAACUACUUGUGCCUACUUGGACUGUAUUUUCACAAUCAAGACUAUCCUGGUUAAAGAGUUAACCAGGAUUUUUGAGCCCCACAGAGCUGUUUGUGAGAACACAAAUUUCCCAGGCAAUCCUGGUCAAACCACUGUGGUUAAACUGCAUUUAACCAAGAUAGAUAACGAAGAUCAGAUCUCUUUAACCAGGAUCAGUGUGAUUGUGAGAACGCAGCCUUGGAAAGGCUUAAUUUAAAAUUGGAUAAGUGUACCUGCAGCAUAGCAAGCGAUGAAGCCCUAAAGUAUUCCAUACCCAAUUUCUCAUAUCUCUUCCAGAACUGCUUGAAACUCUACUGUGUAUUAUUAUGAAGCAGCCCAUUAUUGAUUUAUACAUUUUCCCCAUACAUACUAGAUCAGUUGAAAGAACACUGUAACAGUUUUCCCCAUUGCAUGCGCUCUCUCUUUAAUAUGUCACUCAUAUCCAUUGUAAAUGCAGAGUAAUUAGAAGGUACAGUUCCCCAAGAACAAGCUUCUUUUCAGCAGCACUACUUUAGGAGCCAUUGAAUUAACCUACAGAUUGUAUUGCUGGGUCAGAUCAGAGGCCCACCCAGUCUAGCAAUCUGUUCUCAGUAGUGAGCGGAGGAAGUUGCUUUAUACUGGAUCAAGCCAUUGGUCAUCCAGCUCAGGAUUGUCUACAUUUUCUGGCAGCAGCUCUCUCCGUGGUUUUAAAACGGGAUCUUUCCCAACUCUACCUGGAGAUACCAAGGAUUGCAGGAGAGAGGAGACAGGGCAUGCACAUCCCUCUUGCCUGUGGACUCCCCAGAGGCAUCCGGUGGGUCACUGUAUGGAACAGGAUGCUGGACUAGAUGAGCCUUGUGCCUGAUCCAGAAGGACUUAGGUUCUUAUGAUUGAACCUGGGACCAAAGCAGGUCUGAGCUAUGGACCCUAAUCAGAUAGAGGCACCCGAGAAGUUCACAAGCAAGGCAUGGGGUUGAUGGACAUUCCCUGUAGCUUAUCUCCCCAGCAUUUGCUUCUUACCUUUGAAUCUAGAAGUUCAAUUUACGUACCAUGAGAAUAGCCACAAAUAAGACCUCAAGUAGUUCCAUACAUAGUUUUAAGCCUUUUGAAAAUAAGACAUGCCAGUGGCUAUCAUCCCAUCAUAUGUUGAUGGAUUGCAUACAUUAAUAGCACAUUGAAGAACUUCCUUUUGGUCUGAUGUUUGUGUCAGUCAGUUGGAUUUGGAUGACCCCAAACCUUUGUAUGAGAGAGGAGUUUCUCAUAAUACUAGAACUCUUGAGACAUCUGAAUGGAUAGAGGCUGGAGAACAUCUGUGCUUGGUAGAUUGUGUCUGUAAUAUUGAUUUCCUUGGAAGUGUGUGCAAAUUGUCUCAGUUCAUUUGGGAGAUUUAAAACAUUAGCGUUGACUACUUUAGCGUAAAAACAUUUUGUAUAUAAUAUCACAAUGACACUUAAUCACUGGACUUGGUAGAGAAUAUAAAUUAAUGUAUAUUUCUGUAGGUACAAAUUGAAAAUAUUUUUUCCCUAAGUAUGACUUACAAUAUUAUGGUUAAUAAAUGUGUCUCCAUUCCUAUGUCCUCUGCUCAAAAUACCUCUUAUCCUAGGGGUUCUUGAAACUUGGGUCCCCCCAGUGUUGUUAGGAACAUAGGGAAGCUGCCUUAUAUUGAGUCAGACCAUUGGUCCAUUGAGCUCAGUAUUGUCUACAUAGACUAGCAGCAGCUUCUUAAAGGUUGCAGGCAGGAAUCACACUCAGGCGUAUCUUAGAAAUGCCAGAGAGGGAACUUGGAACCUUUCUGCAUGCAGAUGCUCUUCCCAGAGCGGCCCUUUCUCUUAAGGAGAACUUCUUACAAUGUUCACACAUAUAGUCUCCCAUUCAACUGAAAACCAGGACAGACCCUGCUUAGUAAAGGGGACAAUUCCAUGCUUGUUACCACAAGACCAGCUCUCCUCCCAUUAUUGUAGUUGUUGGACUUCAACUCCUAAAGCAAUGUAGUUCAACAACAUUCUGGGGACCCAAAUUUGAGAACCCCUCUCUUAUCCCAUAUUAUUAGGAACCUACAUUCAGCAAAAGUCCCUCUUUAAGCCAGGUUCCCCAGUUAAUUUGGAGAUUAGUUCUAGCAUUAGUGAUUUAUAACACUAAGGGUAACAACUUCUGGGUUGCUUCUGCUAGACUCCAUAUGGGCCUGUUCCUGCCCUAAGGUUGUUUAGUACUAGGUGCAGGAAAAUGGAGCACAGCACUCCACCAAUAUGCCUCCCAAACAGCUCAAGAGACAAUGUUUUAAUAUGUCCAAAACCCUUGACCAGCUGUCGUACAGAAGGGCUGGUCUGUGUAGAAAUGCUAAUGUGUCACAGCAUGGUCUUAGCUGCAGGUCUGGCAGCUGGAUGGGUUGGACUGCAAGACCUCCCAGGUCCCUUCCAACUCUGACAUUCUAUGAGCUGUUUGCUCUGGGUGAGUGGCUAACAGCAAGAUUAGUUUAAGAGUCAAACUAAAGACAAGGAUCUAUUGCCCAACUAUCACUCCCCCUUUCUGCUACCUGCACAUCCUUCUGUUUUGAACUUGGGCCCACAACAGCAACCGAAAUAUCAAUCUUCAAGCUCUUUUUUGGGGAAGAAAUUGCACUUGAGGUUGGCUCACAUCAAAAUCCAUCGUAUUCAUUCAUUCAUUUGAUUUCUAUACUGCCCCUCCAAAAAAUGGCUGAGUAGUUUACACGGAGAAAUAACAAACAAAUAAGAUGGAACCCUGUCCCCAAAGGGCUCACAAUCUAAAAAGAAACAUAAGACAGACACCAGCAACAGUCACUGGAGGUACUGUGCUGGGCUGGACAGGGCCAGUUACUCUCCCCCUGCUAAAUUAAGAGAAUCACCAGGUUGAAAGGUGCCUCUUUGCCAAGUUAGCAGGGGUAGUCAGUAGUCAAGUUAGCAGGGGUAGUAUUGUCAUGCAUGAACCUACCCAGCGCUCUCCUUGCAGUGGAAGAUCACUACUGACAGGUAAAACUUUCAAGGAAGCUUCUCUGCUGUUACUGAUUUCCUCGUUGAAGAAUCCCCAGAUAAGCUCCCAAGGAACCCUGUUUCCCCAAAACACAGCUUGAAAAACCACUGCAUUACCAUGUUUCAAGUGUGCUUUUUAACUGGUAGUAUGUAAGAUAGCAAGCCUAAAGUUUCCACCUGCAGAGUAGUUUUGGAGCCUGUAUUCUUCCAAAGAAAACCACAGGGCUCUGUGCGCGCCAGGAGUCAAAAUUGACUUGACGGCACACUUUACCUUUACCUUUGACUGCAUUGGAAAAACCCGAGGUCUCUGGAACUGUGCAGAAUGCAACUAUAAUAAUGAUGGUGUCUGUAUAAAAGCACCUUGGGAUUGUUUUAAUUAAAGGCGGUAUACAAGUUUAACCAUUAAUGAAUAUUUACUGCAUAUCUUAAAUGUUCAAAGUGCUUCUCCUAUGAGUUGGCUCUGUGGUCUUUACAACAAUCCUGUAAGUAUAGGUAGGCCAGUAUCAUCUCCAUGUUGCAGGGUGGGGAGCUAAGCUUGAGAGUCAGUAAGUGGAGGCCACUCCGUGAUUUCAGGACUGAGUUGAGAUUCCCACCAGGGGUUUCCAUGCUCAUGGCAUAUGCCACCUUUUUGUUAAUACAUUUUCUUAUGCACAUUUAAAACUAAAACUUGCACAAAAGAUAGACAAAGAUGCGUAUGUGUGUACUGCAGACUGCUAUCUGGGGACAUUGUUAUGCAAAAAGGGAAAUUGAGUAGCAGACAUGGCCCUAAUAUGUCAACUAUAUAAAGUGUUAAAUUCUUGUUGGGAGAAAUCCUUCUUGGGUCAAUCAGGGCAGCUCCUUCAAAGAGUAGUGUCUGUCUUUGACUCCUAACCGUGUGGCUCAUUCUUCUGUCAUGUGUGUAAUGAAUGAACUGAUGGUUGUCAUAUCACUGAUAUUUGUCCACGAAUGUGUAAUAUCAGAUUAAACAGCUUUUUUGUUUGUUU